AGGACCGUCGAGGAGCCGCCUCUGCCGGGGGAGUCGCUCGGACCCGGACGUCCCACCCUAGUGCCACCUGGCCGGGUCGGAGGCAGAGGCCACCAUGGAGCAGUGUGCGAGUGUGGAGAGAGAGGUGGACAAGGUUCUACAGAAGUUCCUGACCUACGGGCAGCACUGCGAGCAGAGCCUGGAGGAGCUGCUGCACUACGUGGGCCAGCUGCGGGCUGAGCUGGCCAGCGCAGCCCUCCAGGGGACCCCUCUCUCAGCCACCCUCUCCCUGGUGAUGUCCCAGUGCUGCCGGAAGAUCAAAGACACCGUACAGAAACUGGCUUCGGACCACAAGGACAUUCACAGCAGUGUCUCUCGAGUGGGCAAAGCCAUUGACAGGAACUUUGACUCUGAGAUUUGCGGUGUAGUCUCCGACGCAGUGUGGGACUCACGGGAGAAGCAGCAGCAGAUCCUGCAGAUGGCCAUCGUGGAGCACCUGUACCAGCAGGGCAUGCUCAGCGUUGCUGAGGAGCUGUGCCAGGAAUCAACGCUGAAUGUGGACUUGGAUUUCAAGCAGCCUUUCCUGGAGUUGAAUCGAAUCCUGGAAGCUUUGCAUGAACAAGACCUGGGGCCAGCACUGGAAUGGGCCGUCUCCCACAGGCAGCGCCUGCUCGAGCUCAACAGCUCCCUGGAGUUCAAGUUGCACCGACUGCACUUCAUCCGCCUCCUGGCAGGUGGUCCUGAGAAGCAGCUGGAGGCCCUCAGCUACGCCCGGCAUUUCCAGCCCUUUGCUCGGCUGCACCAGCGGGAGAUCCAGGUGAUGAUGGGCAGUCUGGUGUAUCUGCGUCUGGGCUUGGAGAAGUCGCCCUACUGCCACCUCCUGGACAACAGCCAUUGGGCCGAGAUCUGUGAGACCUUUACCCGGGAUGCUUGUUCCCUGCUGGGGCUUUCUGUGGAGUCGCCCCUCAGUGUCAGCUUUGCCUCUGGCUGUGUGGCGCUGCCCGUGCUGAUGAACAUCAAAGCUGUGAUCGAGCAGAGGCAGUGCACGGGGGUCUGGAGUCACAAGGACGAGUUACCGAUUGAGAUCGAACUCGGCAUGAAGUGCUGGUACCACUCAGUGUUCGCGUGCCCCAUCCUCCGCCAGCAGACAUCGGAUUCCAACCCCCCCAUCAAGCUCAUUUGUGGUCAUGUUAUCUCCCGAGACGCACUCAACAAGCUCAUUAAUGGAGGAAAGCUGAAGUGCCCCUACUGUCCCAUGGAGCAGAACCCAGCAGAUGGGAAACGCAUCAUCUUCUGACUCCCACCUGGAAGGAACUUUGUUGAAAGGGGUUUUCACCCAUGAGCCUUGGUCUGUCUCAGUGGGGGUGGUUGGCUUCAGUGGAUUGUGGUUGGUUUCAGAGCAACUGGCUGAGGAGUGCCACCAUGGGCAAGGGCCAAGGAAGGCGAUGAACCAACCUGCACCGGGCAGCUGGCUCCUUGGCUGUCAGGGCAGGGAGACGCUGCCCUCUGUGCUCCUGCUUUGUCUCUCCCUGAUUAUAUUUGCCGUUGAUUUGGUAGCAACCAACAGAGAAGCAAAGGACUUGGCCAGCAGCAGCAGUCUUUCCAUCCCUACCCUCAGCCAGGUCUCUUACUGCCAGGUCUUGUGUCCACUCCUCCCGCUGUACAGCCUCACAACUGUAUGUACCCAUUUCCCAUUGUAAAUAGUCUGGGUUAGAACUGAAUGCCAUUGUUUUAUAACUUUGAGCAAAUAUAUUCACAGGGCUUCUUCCUUCA